AUGGCCGUCAGGUCGCCGCUAUCUGUCCUACCAUACCGCGUCAACUCCGCAAGUCCGGCUUACUAUUCUCCACACUCGGUUUCAAUGUCUCUUGAUGGGGUCCUCGAGGGGAAUGAGAGUUCCCACUUCUCCGCCCCCGAGCCGAUAAACCGCUUAUCAGCCUCAGCCAAUGAAGAGGAUUGCGAUGAUUGUGAUGAUUGUGACGAUUCAAAUGGUGAUGAUAGCUCUCUUGAACCUAUACGUGGAUCCGGGGUUCCUUCUCAACCGGAGCUUACAAUUCAAACCGAAUACCCAAAUCAUGUGGGAAGCAGCACAAGGUCGGACGACGAUGAACCUCCGCAGUCGGUGAUACAUGCUCCGCCAGGAUUUGGUGAUUUUGCGCCAAUGCAGCCCACUUUCGAGGGCACAGAGGAGUCACAGUCGCCAUCAGUCGGUUCAGAUGAGCAAACUGGUGUAAUAAAUGUACCUACAAGGCCGAGAAAGUUCGGCAAUAGUCCAAUAUCGCCGCCUCCAUUGACAACAUCCCUCAGUCUCGACAACGAUUGCAGCGAGCGAGCGACGCCACGUGCACAGACAAGACAUGAGUUCGAAGAAUUUGAGAGACGCACUCGUUCGAGUAGCUUACAAGAUAUCCCUGAAGGAUUAACCAGCAAAGAGGCCGAAAUCAAUGCCCUAAGAGCUGCUCUCGACGAAUGCUGGACACUAUGCAAUACGCUGGCCAAUCUUAGUUAUAUCCAUCGAGAACGUCUCCCCAAAUCCCACAAUGAUGAUAUGCAAGAGGAUGCAUGGCGGUCAUGUUGGAGACUUUGCCAGAAGCUUUAUGACACACGUGACGACGACUACGCAUCGCAAAUCCAUCCGACCCUUGAUCUCUGUCGAGAUUUCUGUCAGGCGCUAUUUGAGGCCCGUAUUCGCGACACUGACCUAUCCGACUCGGUCUUGAGAGUAAGUUUUGAAUUGAAUAAUCACCUUUACAACACUCAUGAUCGGAACCUUCCCGAUGCCUUCCGCGAAAGAACCUUGGACUUUUAUAUUACCUUGUGUCACCGUCUCAUGAAGCAGCGCACCCGCAUCACGGAGACAGACUCUCUGCUGAGUGCAUGUUGGACAUUAGCCGAGAUGCUGUUCAGCAUUCGCCAGAGCAAGAGGGAAGGGAAACCACUGGAUGAGGAGUUGUUAGGGUCUGCGGUUCAAGCCUGCUGGGAACUUUGCGAUCUCUUCCGCGAGGGCUGGACCCUCCAUAAUUUGCGCAACUCAGAUCGAGGGACACCUCGGCCGAGCCAAACCACGUUCUCGCAGGCAUUCCAUCAAACGUCGCAGCAGUCGGAGCUGGAUUUCGGUGAUGACCCAAUGAGCCAACUCGGCAACCCCGAGACUCCAACCACCAUAUUCGAGGACACUGCAACGGCCUCGCCCGACGAUACUCCGAUUCCCAAUAUACUUGUAUUGGGUUAUGGUAAAGGGCAUAAUAACGCUCAUACCAAGUGGUCAUCCAAUGCAUCCAGUAUAUCGGAGCAGUCCCGAUCAUCCGGUCACACAGCAUCCUCGGCCAACACCGUGACCACUAUCUCGGAAGACCCGAAUCUCACGCGCCUAAAGAUUCUGAUUACUAAAGCUGCCAUCAUUAGUGGCUAUCAACGGGGCGGGAACCAGAAUCUCUCGUCUUUUGUGAAAUCACUUCCCUCGGAUGCAUUUGGCUCCGCGGCGUGGCAGACGUCUUUAUUGAAGAAUUAUAGAAAGGUCGUGGCGUUUGACCCGACGUUCAGAAGUGUUGGUCUGCAAGCCCGGGUGGGUGCUAUUGAUGUCGCGCAUGCAUGCCAGGCAAUGCUGCAAAGCGGCCAGUACUCGUGGCUCCGUGACCUCUACCGGCUCGUCUUUGGGUUCCAUAUUGAAGAAGCGAUGGGCCGCAAAGGUGUGAUUAUCCAAACGUAG